AUGACCUUUUCAAGUUCCACAAACUUAAGCCAAAUCUGAAGUGGCGACAGGCAUUGGAGAGCUACAUAAAAACCAUGCCUCCUUACUACUUAGUGCCAUUAAAGAAAGCCCUAAGGAUGAUGGGAGCUCCAAAUCUGAUAUCAGAUAAUUUAGAUUGUGGACUUAGUUACAGUGUUAUCUCUUACCUUAAAAAACUCAGCCAACAGACAAAAUUAGAAUCGGAGCGGAUAAUAGCGUCCGUGGGUAAGAAACCCCCGCAAGAGACGGGCAUUAAAGUGAAGAGUCACUCCAGCGGCUUGUCCCUCAUCCAGAGCAGGGAUUUCAAGCAGUUGCUUCAAGGGAUUUCGGGCGACUCUCCCCUGAGGCUGCCUGAAAUGAACGUGAAGGAAUUUGCUGGCUUCCACAUAGGGCUCUUGAAUAAGGAUCUCAAGCCACAGGCCUUCCGCAACGCUUACGAUAUUCCUCGCCGCAGCCUGUUAGACCAGCUGACCCGGAUGAGAACCAACCUGUUGAAAACACACAAGUUCAUUCUAGGCCAGGAUGAAGUCACACUUUCGGAAACCCUUUCAAGCAGGAUAAAAAGGGAAUGAUGAUUGAUGAAGCGGAUGAAUUCGUCGCCGGUCCUCAGAACAAAGUCAAACGUCCAGGAGAGCCCAACACGCCGGCCUCCCUGAAGAGAAGGCGCAGCAUGUCCCCGUUCUUAAGACGGCCGCAGUCGCCGCCCGUCGUAGCCAACCACGUUGGCGGGAAAGGGUCGCCCUCGGCUGCCGGGCCCCCAUCCAGCCCGAAUGCUAAAACCACGCCAGCUUAUAAAGAUGCAAACAGCAACACGGUUCAAGACGGCAACGGUGAAAAGAAAGCCGAGAACUCCCAGCCGCUGGACAAACCAGGGGACGGACCUUUGGUGCAUCUUGUUCCUCCGUCCCCGGCCGCCGUGGUGGACGAAGAACUGCCAAACGAUAUGGACUCUUUGACCGGUGAACUGAACUGUGUUGGGGAAGAUGGGCUGGACCAUAGACCCAUGGUCAAUUCCCUCGUACGGGGCCCUUUAAACUACAGCAUGUCCGCCGAAGACCAAAAGCUACUGGUGGAGCCAGCUUCUGGAACUGUGCCAAAUUCAGUGAAAAUCACAUCCAAUAUGUUUGAAGGGAACAACGAGGUUAUCAAAAUCAAGGUUAUGAAAGAAGUUCGCAAACCCGGGAGAAAUUAUGAAAAAAUCUUCUCCCUCCUAGAAGAAAUACAAGGCCCCGUAGAGGUUCAGAAAUAUUUCAUUGAAUUUGCUAUCAAAGAAGCAACAAGGUUUAAAAAACGGGUCUUAAUUCAGCACUUAGAAAGAAUACUAGAGGAAAUAGAGUUCACCAGCCUUCCCAACCGAAUUAAUCAUGUCAACAGUAGAUAAUAAUAGCGUGCCGGCCAGAGGAAUGGACGGGACCGGCCGACAAAAGAGUUUGCUGUGCCGCAGAAGGAUGGAAGAGGACGUGGCAGCCACUGCCUGCGCCAGCCUGGCAGGCCGGCGGCUUUUCGGUGCGCGCCUCAGAAGGAGCAGGGUGAUGUUUUUACGCAUAGCGCACCUCUUUGGCCGGACACCUGAGGAAUUUGCCGCAGGAGGCGUGUGGCUUCCUCCCUCCCCACCCACCUUCGGAGGGCUGAUCUGCCCCUGGGCCGAAGAAAGACACUCGGUGCCGCCUCCCCCAGGGUCCCUGCAGGUGAUGAGAAUUUACUCAUUUGAACCCUUGGCUGUUAAGACACUUUGGCUGUAGGCCACCAGGGCGAAUGGCGCAAACCCCCCCCUUGUGUUAUCUCUGCACUUGUGUCGGAGCGAUCCUUUGUCCUAAAAAAAAAAAACGAAAGGAAAGAGGAGGAGGAGGAGGAGGAAAGGCCCUCCGUGGUGGUAGUCCACCUUGUCGCUACGGGCAGGAAGGUGGCCCUUUCCCACGAGAGCAGCUAGCCAACCCAGAGGUCUCGGGGGUCAGUUGGAUUGACAGGCGCUGCUCUUCCUGGGUGGAAGGAGAGACGCCCUGGGACGGACGGAUGGACUGGCUGGCCGGCGGCGGCAGCUGCUGCAGCUGCUCCUAUGGUAGCCCCCCCCCCCUCUACAACCUACCUCAGUCUUCCUCUUCUUCUUCUUCUUUUGUCUGCAGGGGCGCCCGAGGCUCCCCCAGGUCCCAGACUUCAGUUCUCUUUCAUCUCGGUGAGGAGGACGGAGACUCUUCUCGUGGACUUGGCUUUGGAGGCGCUUAAAAGGAAACUUGGGGGGUUUAGGAACAAAAAACAAAAAAAGCCAGGGGGGGAAAAAAAGAGAGAACUCCCCUCCCUCCCCCGUCCCCUCCCUCCACACGGAUUUUACUUUUUAAAUGUUCAUACUAGAAGAAAUUAUUUUGGGACAGUCUUGUUGAGCAGAUCCUUCAUUUGAGAUAUCAAAUGGCGUGUGUGUGUGUGCGUGUAUAUAGACAUCUAUAC